UAUCCUCGUCGACGUCUCCGUCUUUCAUGGGGGAGCAAAGGCCAAGGGCAAGCGGUGCUUCCUCCUCCACCGACUCAUAUUCAAUCCCUUCGGGGUCUCCGUCACCGUCUCCAUCUCCGGCGCCACGUCACCAUGUCACGUUACUCGAACCAUCUCAUCAAAACAAGAAGAGAAGCAAAAAGGUCUUCCGAGUUUUUCGUUCGGUUUUCCGUUCUUUCCCGAUCAUCACACCGGCAGCUUGCAAAAUCCCCGUCCUCCCUGGCGGUAGCUUACCCGACCCGCACCGAAGCGGGUCAAGCGGAUCAAGAGUUACAGGAACCUUGUUCGGAUACCGUAAAGGCCGUGUAAGCCUCUCGAUUCAAGAAAGCCCUAGAUGUUUACCAUCUCUCGUCGUCGAGCUUGCGAUGCAAACAAUGGUGCUACAAAAAGAACUUAGCGGAGGGAUGGUUAGGAUCGCGUUAGAGACAGAGAAACGAGGUGAUAAAGAGAAGACCAAGAUCAUGGACGAACCAUUAUGGACAAUGUUUUGUAACGGUAAGAAAACGGGGUACGGUGUGAAACGUGACGCGACGGAGGAAGAUCUCAACGUUAUGGAGUUGUUAAGACCGGUUUCGAUGGGUGCCGGAGUUUUGCCGGGGAACUCGGAGUUUGAAGGACCAGACUCGGAGAUGGCUUACAUGAGGGCUUACUUCGAACGAGUCGUUGGGUCUAAAGAUUCAGAGACAUUUUACAUGUUGAGUCCCGAAGGAAAUAAUGGACCCGAACUUAGUAUCUUCUUCCUAGAAGACGAUGUAGUAGUCCCUUGUGAAUCACGCAUGGAAAAUUGGAAAACAAAUAUGGAAAUAAUGGCAAUCAAUGAGGAAGAGUACAUAAAGAAGUAUAAUAAGUCAGAGAAUGAAUUGUCGGAACGUCAGGAUUAUGCACGCGAUAUGUUAAUCGACAUUUCUAAGAUCAGCCACAAAGAGCUAUUAGAAAUGGCAGAGCACCUAAAGGAAUUGGAGAAGAUGACUAAACCCGUUCUUGAUGCUCUUAGAAGCUACCAGGACUUGCCUCCUGAUAAAGCUCUUGCUGCACUAGCAAUCGAAGACAAGAAAAUACAAUUUGAAGCCGCCGAAAAGCAUCUAGAAGAAGUAUUUACAAUCAGCUCUUGAGUGAUUGAUAUAAAACCUAAAAAUAUUAUGUUUUGAGUAAUACUAUGAGCAAAUGCAUAAAUCUGUGUCUUGUGG